UCUUGUCCACUUUCUGUAAAAAAAGAUAUUUUUCCAGUUCUCAAAAAUUUAACCAACCUUAAAAAUUUUGAACAAAAUAAUUGUUUUUCUGCAAAUAAUUUUCUUAGAUUAGUAAAUGUUUUAGAAAAAUUCUUGUUUUCUGAUUCUGUAAAAGAUAGCUUGCAUGAUAUUAUUUUAGAAUCUUAUUCACUUCUACAGCAAGACAAUAUGAUUCUUAAUAAUAUUUUUAAAAAUGAAAUUUCAAAAGAUAAAAUACAAUUAUGUGAAAAUGUUCUAAAAAAAUG